CAAAACAAACCCCCACCCCUUGGGAACCUUGGGAACGAUUGCGCUCAAUGCUGAAGUUUCGACAUCAUCAUUCUUGCGAUCGCCACCGCUACGGGUUCUUCGUUGGUGAUCCGUCAUUGGGUAAAGAAAAGAGAGAGAGAGAGACAAAAAAACCAACCAACGCCCUGGACCUUUGUCACGACUUGGAGGUACGACCGGGCACACGAGCUGCUGGGAAUUUGCUGAAACACUCAACACGGAAGGAAGCGCCACAGUGUUGCGCUGUUUGGAACGAAACGUGAAACCAGUAAACAAACCUCCAUUCCCACUCCGCUGACCCCGCUGGGUUGUGGACGGUAGCCGAUCAACCAAUUCCCAGGAUCAUUACACGAUCCGGCUGAUCUAGUUUGGGCCAGGUUCGUCCAGUGCUUGCCAUUGCGCAAUGAUUGAGCGUGUUCAAUUCUUGGUCUGAGUGAAGUGAACGAUCGUGCUGAGUGCAGUUGCCAGUGAACAUUAACCCCUCCACUAGUCAGUGAGACACACGCGGGCGCCAUGUCGAUCGUGUACAGGCUGCUAGUGAGCCUCGUCAUUCUAGGGAGUUGCCUAGCCACGGCAGGCGACGUGGGUGAACAAUCCACCGCCCGUCCAUCAUCGGUCACGAGCGAAUCAAUAACGACCGUUGACAAACGCCAGUUCGAGCUGAGUGCCUCCGGCGAGAUCCUGCACGAUCCAGCGACACCGCUGCCAACCCUCGCCAACGGUCACCUCGGGUUCACCGUGUACGAAGAUGCGGUUUACCUGGCCGGCCUGUACAAUGGUGCAGGUGGUUUGAGCCAUCGCGCCCGGAUACCGAACAUGGCCAACGUACAGUUGUUGCUUCCCAGCGACUUAACGCUCGAUCUUGCCAGGGGACUGUUUCGGUCUGACUUUGCCAAUGACGAACGAUCUUUUCGAUUGACUCAUCUGCUCUAUCCACACGCCCUGUAUCGGCGUGUGAUCGUGAAUCAGUUCACAAUCGAACGAGUUGGAACGAACGACGAAAGCAUCAGCCUUCCCAUGAUGCCAGCGCCCGCUUUCACCAGCGAGGACAUUCAGUUUCAACCCAUCAGCACACACGGUGCCCGUGUGCACCGGAGCAAAUCGCCAGCGCAGCCCGGCGACGCCAAUGUGGAUCCCAUUUAUCAGAGCUGCGGCACAACGCUUCAGGUGGAAAACGCAACCUACCAGAAUCGGGGCAAAUCGGUCUGUGUGCUAUGGAACCGUAUCCCCGAACGGUUGGUGCUGGGUGCGGGCAAGCGAAACGUCACCUACCGCUUCCUAAUGGCCGUCGAUGGAGCUGAGGCAAUUGCGCAGACGGAGUUCGAAACAGCCCGCGCCCUCUCGGACGAUGCGCUGCUCGAGUCCCAUACAUCACUGUGGCGUUCGUUCUGGGCCUGUUCGGACAUCCUAAUCACCGGAAACGAACCGUUACAGCGUACCGUACGGGCCAGCCUCUACUAUCUCGUCAGCAAUCUACCGUUCGAGGCAAGCUUCACCGUGCGGAGUGGGCCAUUUUGGGGCCUCAGCCCAACCGGGCUCGGGCGCGGCGGUACCAACCUGGACGACUACGAAGGUCACUCGUUCUGGGACACGGAGGUGUGGAUGUUUCCCGUACUGAAUCUGAUCGAUCCGUGGUACUCCCGGCUGCUGAUAUCGUACCGCACAAAGAUGCUGCCGACUGCCAAGCGGCUGGCGCAGGAAGCUGGAUACAGGGGCGCUCGCUUCCCCUGGGAGAGCGCCUUUACGGGGGUGGAGGUAACGCAACCCUGCUGCCCAGCCGUAGCCCAGUACGGGCAUCACAUCACGGGCGAUAUAAGCUUCGCCCUCCGGCACUAUCUCGGCACCACGCACGAUCGGGAAGGGUUGCGGCAGCUGGGAGGCUGCGAGAUGGCUCAGCAAAUAGCCGAAUUUUGGAGCAGCCGCGUUAGGUUCAACUACACCGGCAGCGAGCAGUACGACAUACCGGCGGUAAUGGGACCGGAUGAGGAUCAUGAAAAUGUAACGAACAACGCGUACACGAAUGUGGUCGCCGGCUAUGCUUUGUAUUUUGGCGAAUUCGCCCGCUGCAUCUGUGAAGCUGACGGCAGGGACGAUAAAGGAUGGAGCGAUAUUGCCCGCCAUAUCAAGCUUCCGUACGAUGAGAUCGGUGACUUUCAUCCCCAGUACGAUGGGUACCUGGCGUCCACCGUCAUCAAGCAGGCCGACGCCGUGCUGAUUGGCUAUCCGCUGCAGUACCCGGGGUUGAAAGCGUACACGCGCUGGAACGAUCUGCUCAUCUACGAACCGGUAACGCGCUCCACCGGACCGGCCAUGUCCUGGAGCAUGUACGCCGUCAACCAUCUCGACAUCGACAACUACCGCGAGGCGGCACAGAACUUUAAUCGCAGCUACCAACCGUAUGUGCGCGGUCCGUUCCGAGUGUGGCAGGAGUUGCAGGGAGCGGCCCAGCACGGCGCACAGAACUUCCUCACCGGUGCCGGUGGAUUUCUACAGGCUGUCCUGUUCGGGUAUGCAGGCCUGCGGGUGUAUCUAGAUCGGUUGGAGGUGAAGGCACACUAUCCGCAGGAACUGUCGGGCGUUGGGUUGGAGCAGCUUCAAGUAGCUGGGAUACAGUAUCUUGGAGCGCUUAUCACGAUAACGCAGUGGGGCGACCGUGCGGAAGUACGCGUGACUCAUCUGGACGGCGAGCUGACGAUAGAGCUGGGCGAUGGGAAUGCCCCCGUCGUGGUGGUGUGUAAUCGUGUCUAUCCAGUAGACAAAGGAGUAACAGCGAUAAUACGGGCCAAAGCGUAUCCGUACGGCGAGUGUGAGCUGCCAAAAGAUGUAAUCGGGAAGUGAAAAUAGAAGGCAAAUAGCUUCCAAUAAAUUGUGCCAUUCAAGGACAUUCUAACUGUA